CCCUCAGCACGGUUACUAGGCAACGGGCGUCGCGUGCUCACCCUGAGGCGCUUUCUCGAUUAGCAUUAGCUCUAGCGCACAGUUCCUGUCCAAAAAAUGCGCUUUAGUGUUGGAAAAACAAUGUUUUUUUAGGGAGAAAUAAGAAAGGUUUAAUAAACAAAAUGCCCGUGUCUGUUCAGCAGGAGUGUGAGGAGGUUUUAACCUGCCAAACAGAGGCAAAUUCCCCGGAGUCAUGGGACCAAGACGACGGAAACACAACACUAGAGGAGAAAAGUCCUCAGGCUGAAGAGGAGCAAAAAGACAUGGAGAAGGAUGGUGAACUGACCGAAGAUGAAGUGUCUAAACAUCUCUCCGAUCUGGGCCGCUCAGCUACAGGACUACAGCAUGUCUACCUGUCCCUCUCUUUACCUCGGAAAAGCUUGAAAAACGUGUCCAUUUUGUCCAAUUACAUCCAUAUUCAAAAACUUGAACUGCCCAACAACAAAAUAAAAGAUUUAUCCUGCGUGAGCCACAUGCCAUACCUUAUCAAACUCGAUGCUUCCCACAAUGAUAUCUCCAACUUCUUUGGUUUCCAACCACCGAAAAAUCUCAAGGAAGUGGAUUUCUCUCACAACCACAUAUCUUCAAUGAAGGAUUUGUCGGCCUAUACUUCUCUCCGCAAGCUAAUUCUAGGCUAUAACUUCAUCAGUGAAGUCCGGGGGCUGGAGAAGUGCAGCAGCCUGACUCACCUCAGUAUGGAGCAUAACAAGAUCUUACGUAUCAGUGGACUCAAAAAUCUGCCACUCAGACAGCUCUGCCUGAAGGGGAAUCUGAUCAAGAAGAUUGAGAAUUUACAAACACUCCGGAGUCUGCAGAUCCUGGACUUGUCCUCUAACAGAAUUCAAAGCCUGUCUGGACUUCAGGACCUUCACCUCCUGGGAAACAUCAAUCUUGAAAGCAAUAUGAUUGGUGAGAUCAAAGAGUGCACACAUGUGCAAUACCUUCUGCUAUUGAGAGAACUGAAUCUCAAGAGAAACCCAAUACAAGAACAACCCGACUACAGACUGGCUGUGAUUUUCAUUCUUAAUCACCUCACUGUUAUGGAUGAGCGACCCGUGACUGUUGAGGAAAAGGUUUCAGCUGUGAACAAGUACGAUCCAUCUCUGGAGUUGGUGGCAGCUAGAGAUCACAUGAACCACGUGAUGUACCAGCACAUACAGCCUCAAGCUAUCUUUGACAGCACUCUUCCCAGUCUGGACACUCCAUACCCCAUGCUGGUCCUGACAGGGCCACAGGCAUGUGGAAAGCGGGAGCUGGCCCAUAAGCUGUGUCAUGAAUAUAGUGACUACUUUGGUUAUGGGACUUGCCACACCACCAGAGGGCCCUAUUUUGGAGAGGAAGAUGGCUGUGACUACCACUUUGUCCAAAAUGAAGAAUUUCAAAACAUGACACAUAUGGGUUACUUUGUGCAGACGAUGCAGUAUGGAGGGAACUGGUAUGGGUUGUCUCGAGAGGCCAUCGAGAGCGUGGCCAGAGAGGGGCUAGCCUGCUGUGUUCAUAUGGAGCUGGAGGGUGUAUUUAGUCUGAAAACCUCAUACUUCGAGCCCAGAUACAUCUUGCUGAUCCCGACAAAAACCGAAGACUACAUUUCACACAUGAAGGCCAGAAGCUUCUACACUGACGCCCAGAUAGAGAAAGCCGUGUCACGGAUUGAGCUCUACGCCAAAAUCAACAGAAAGCGGCCUGGCUUCUUCGACAGCGUGAUCCUCUGUGAUGAUCGCAAACAGGCAUACAGCGCUCUGAAACAGCUAAUAAAAGAAUAUCUGGGUCUGGAGGAGCAGGAGAAAGAAGGUGAAUGGAACACUAGAGAUACACCGCAAAACACCACCGCAGACGAGGGUGGUGAGUCUACUGCAGCCAAGAAGAUAGAAGCCAACCCCACAGACGUCUACAGCCAGAAUUACUACAAAGUCCAAGCCAGGCUGCUGCCUCAGAAAACCUCAGCAGAACUGGCAUCUAUCCAUCGGAGACAGCAGAUGGUUCGAGAAGCCCUGGUGGGUAAGAUUCCCAGGGCUUACACACAGCUCUUUAAAAGAUAUGUUCAUACCGCUCCAUCCUUACUGACCCCUCAUUCUCAAUCCGGUGACCGUAACGUGGACAGCAGCUCAGAGGAAUCCUGCGCCAGUUCUGGCCUGUCCAUGAACAGCUCAGCAGGGGUACUCUCUGUGGGAAGCCCAGCUGAUGGCUUGGAUGCAGGGUCAGGGCCAAAGGUGGAGCCUCUGGAUGUCUCCCUGUUGGGGCAAAACCUGGAAACACUCAAAGAUCACAUGGAGCCAGGUCUGAGCCCAGAUUCAUCACGUUCAGCUCCCGAGCUGGUCUCGUCUCCGGGACGUCCAGGUUCCAAGGCCAAACCCAUUCUUCCCCCCAUCCCACAGGGACGCAAGGCCACUGAAUCCGGAUCCAAGCAACAGCUGACAGGGCAGGCAGGACAGGUGGAUGAGGGAUAGUCGUAGGAGAGAGGAAAAGGGAAUAGGAAUGGGUUUAUAGAAGGUAAAAGAAGACACACGUGUAUUCUAAUAGACUCCAGAACCUGUGCAGAACGUCAGAGUUAAAUUCCUCCGCUCCUUCAUGGGUAGCUCAUGGUGAAAGUAGUGAUAUAAAACCUUAAAGCAGCAGCUUACCCUGUCCUGAUGUCCUGAACUAUAGAUCAG